AUGGCGAACAAGCCUCAAUGGGAGCUGCUCGCCGAGGCGUUUGUCAACCACUACUACUCCGUGUUCGAUACGGAUCGUACUCAACUAGCAGCGCUUUACCGCGAAGUUUCGAUGUUGACGUUUGAAGGCAACGCGUGCAUGGGCGCGAGCGCGAUCACCGAGAAGCUGGUGUCGCUCCCGUUUCAAAAAGUGCGCCACCAGGUUGUCACGUGCGAUGCGCAACCAGUUUUGCCGGAAAGUUUAAACGGGGUGCUGGUGUUCGUCAACGGCGACCUGACAGUGGAUGACAGUAACCAGCCGAUCAAGUUCGCCCAGGUAUUUCAUUUGUUACCGGAUCAGGGCAACCCUGGAAUGUUCUGGGUAUACAACGACUUGUUUCGAUUAAACUAUGGAUAG